AUGGCAAACAAUCGAGGUCCCCUGCUCGGCAGCAGCAGCAGCAGCAGCAGCACGAGAUCACCACCUGAGGUCACCGCCGUCGCCGAGGCGGGCGACCUCAUCUUGGCCGUCACCUUUGAGAACUCGAAAGCCACCGUCCGCGCCGCUCGCAAGGCGCAGGCCCUCAAGGCCUCCCUGGCCCGGGCAGACAAGGACCGGCAGCCAGCCUUGCCGCCCACCGCCAAGGCAAGGAGCCGGGUGCCGUUCCGCGUGCAGGCUUCCGUCUUGAGACGGCAGAGCAAGUACUUUGACAAGCUGCUCGGAGACAGCCACUUCAAGGAGGCCAAGGAUGUCGCCGAGGCCCUCGCGGCCUUGUCCCUGCGCAACGUCAAGCCGGCGGACGCGGACCCGGCCGAGCUGCCGUGGGUGGAAAUCACCGACGACGACGAGGCGACGCUCUAUGCCCACCGCGAGCUCGUCUUUGCCGACCUGCUCCGCAUCCUCCACGGCCAGCCUGUCGUGGCGGGGACGUCCUCGGUGGCCGCCACCACCACCGCGGCCACCAAGAUCACGCCGCAGUACGUAACCACUCUGGCCGUCCUCGCGGACCGCUUUGACUGCACGGCCCCUGUGUCGAGCUAUGUCAACGCGAGCCUCAAGUUCAGGUGGCCGGCCACGAGCAGGAAGAUGCCUCCGGGGUCUGGCCGAGGAGGGGACGAGGGUCCGGGGCUGAGCCGUGCCGCGGAGGAUGUCCUGCGGCAGAAGAUCCUCGUGGGCUGGCUUCUCAACCAGCCGCCGAUAGUGCGGACGGGCACGCGGGAGCUGAUCAUGAGCGGCUCGAGCCGGUGGAGUUCGUUUGCCCCAGAGGAUGAGUCUGAGCAGGGCGGGAAACAAGAGGCGACGUGGUGGUAUCUGCCCGAGGGGCUCGAGGAGGAACUACAAUACCGCCGACAAUGCGUCCUCAACACAAUCGCCAGCAUCCAGCAGCACUUCCUGUCCCUGUACUCGUCGCGCAACGCCCCUCGGCAGUGCAAGCUCGGCUACGACUCGUCCGCGGCCUGCGACUCGUACCAGCUCGGAGAGAUGAUCCGCUUCCUGGCCAACAAGUCCCUCUUGUUCCUCGUAGACUUCUCCCCGGGCUCCCUGGACCGCAUCGCCGACACGUCCCAGGUGACCGUGGACUCGCUGCUCGCGACCCUGCGCCAGUGCCCGUCGUACCAGAUCGACAAGAACCACAACAACUGCGGCCUGCGCACGCGGCUCCUGCCCAUCCUGGACUUUGUGCAGGGCCUGCUGAGCUCGAACGCGGUGCCCGUCUCGAGGCAGGCGUGGAAGACUGACCGCGCCGGGACCGCCAGCGGCGGCAGCAGCAGCAACAAACCGUUCCGCUUCACGCGGACAAUGGCGGGCGACCAGCGGCUCCGGUUCGAGGGCAACCUCGGCGCAGACCGGUUCGCCCGGCAGGUAUUCCUCGCGUCGAGCUGGGACUGGACGGCCGACGACGACGCCUCGGCGGCGUGGUCGAACCCGGGCAAGAUGGGGAGGGUGCCGCUGAGUUUCAAGUAG